GUAGAAGCGUUGUUUGUAAAUUAUGUUCUCUCUCUCAUUCAACUCUCUCUCUUUAGCAACAUUGCUAUUCUCAGUCUCUCUCUUCUUCUUUCUCCCUCUAUUUCUUUCUUCUAUUUCUCUUUCUCUCCUUUUCUUAUUUUGUUUUCACGAUCAUUGCAGUUCACUUUCUCAAUUAAAGUCCGGUUUAUCAAGGCAGUUUGAACCUACUUGAGAGUUAAUAUUCUUUUUCAUACAAUCAUCUGAUCCAUAACUUUCUUGCAAAACAGACUCAGUUUGACCUAAUCUCUUUACACUCGAAUGAAGCUGUUGGUUCUGACACGCCCGCAUACACAAAUUUCUGAAUCGGCAUGCCCAUUUUAGGGUCAACACCUAAUUUCCUCACUCUUUCCACAAAGACUUCUCUUCCCCCUGAACUUCCUAAAUUCUAUUUGUAGAAACAAUAUUUUUUUUUUUGUAUGAACUUUCUCAAUACCUCGGCAAAACAAGAAAAAUGGUGGUGACCAGCACAUGUGAAGUUCAAGCUGAAAGUGAGCUGAAUUAUGACCGAACAAGCGAAUUGAAAGCUUUUGAUGACACAAAAGCUGGGGUUAUGGGACUCGUUGAAGCUGGAAUUACCAAUGUCCCUCGGAUAUUCAUUCAUCCACCAGACAACACCGACAAGUCAUCUGACUCGAGUUUUCCAGUCAUAGACCUUGAUGGCAGCCAUGAAGAUCCAAUCCGGCACAAGGAGAUGGUUGAGCAAGUCAUAGAUGCAUCCGAGAAGUGGGGUUUCUUUCAAGUGAUCAAUCAUGGCAUCCCUGUGAGUGUUUUGGCGGAGAUGAUGGAUGGUGUACGUAGAUUCUAUGAGCAAGAUACUGAGGUGAAGAAACAGUGGUAUACGCGAGAUGGCACAAAAACUGUGGUGUAUAACACCAACUUUGAUUUGUAUACUGCACCGGCAGCUAACUGGAGGGACACCUUUCUUUGUAUUAUGGGUCCUAAUCCUCCCAACCCAGAGGAAUUGCCCGUGGCAUGCAGGGACAUUCUAAUCGAGUUCUCAAAGCAAGUAAUGAAAUUGGGCAAUUUUUUGUUCGAGUUGUUGUCAGAGGCUCUUGGGCUCAAUCCCAACCACCUGAAAGACAUGGGUUGUGCUGAGGGGCUCGCUGUUCUAUGCCAUUGUUAUCCAGCAUGCCCGCAACCAGAACUAACCCUUGGUGCCACCAAGCACUCUGACAACGACUUCCUCACCGUGCUUCUACAGGACCAUAUAGGAGGCCUUCAAGUUCUUCAUCAGAAUCAGUGGGUUGAUGUUCCCCCUAAACCUGGAGCUCUAGUGGUAAAUAUAGGAGAUCUUCUACAGCUUAUGACAAAUGAUAAGUUCAAAAGUGUUGAACACAGAGUAGUAGCAAACCAAGUCGGUCCAAGAUUAUCUGUGGCGUGCUUUUUUACCACAGAGUUGUUGCCAUCCCCAAAAAUGUACGGACCCAUUAAAGAGUUGUUAUCGGAAGAGAAUUCUCCAAAGUACAGAGAAACCACCGUAAGAGAUUAUGUAGCCCACUUCCAUGCAAAAGGACUUGAUGGCACUUCUGCACUGGAGCAUUUCAAGCUCUAAACUUGGCAUUACUCUGUAGUUGAUCAUCAUAUUUGUAAACUGUGUUAACAGUUAAACAUGUUUGAAUGUUAUUUGUAAAUUGUAAUUUGUGACAUUUGUGUUGGGAAACGUGCUAGUUUUAAAAACUUUUCGAGGGAUUUAAAUUCAUAGACUUUGAUUCAUUACAUAGAGACAAGUUUUAUACAAAAAUAAAACAUGAUGUAUCAUUCAAUUAAAAGAUUGAAUACUUACAUCAAUGUUUGAGUAAA